GCAGGUAGGUCAUGAGAGUUAUUUUGCAAAAGAACAUUCAAUUGUUAGUUGAACAGUUAAUAGGGAAAUUUACAGUUAAAGUGUGGAAUUUAAUUAGAUUAUUAAAUUUUUGUAUAAUAAUUAAAAUUUAAUAAAAAUUAAGAGCAAAAUCUUCAAAAUAUAAUUUACCAUUCAAAUUUUUUUUGGAUAAAAAAUUUCAAAUAAAAUAAUAUUGGAUUAUAUUAAUAAAUAACAAAAACAAAAAUUAAAGCAAUGGAUAAAAAAAUUAAGAUUUUUCCGGUUUGUUUAUGUUUACUAUUAUUACAAACGAGUAUAAUUGAAGCACGACGAAUACGUACCCGUCCAAGACCAGUAGAACCAGUAGAAGAAAUUGAAAGUGGUGAAAUUGAAUCGGAAUCAGUUGAAGAUAAUCGUGCUCAGUCUGCUAUACAAUAUUAUCAAGCUGAAUCUAGAGAAAAUAUACGCAAUCAACCGUUAGCAGCAGAUGAUGAUUAUAAUGGAUAUUAUGGUCAACCAGCACCAGCUGCACCAAUAGCUCCAAUAAGAGCAUCACCACGUGUUGAUUAUAGACCUCCUGCUCCAACACGUGCUCCAAUACCACAAGCAAGAACGAAAGAUGCAUCACAAAACGCAAAGGCAGCACCAGUGCAAACAAUCCGUAAUUAUAGUAAAGUGAAUGAUGAUGGUUCAUUUACAUUUGGUUAUGAAGCUGCUGAUGGUUCAUUUAAAGAAGAGACUCGUGGUACUGAUUGUGUUGUACGUGGUAAAUAUGGAUACAUUGAUCCGGAUGGCAACAAACGUGAAUUUACUUAUGUUUCUGGAAAUCCUUGUGAUCCAAAUAAUCCAGAUGCACAAGAAAGUGAUGAAGAACGUAGCCAGUCAUCAGAAGAGGAUUCACGAGAGCCAGAAAAUUUACCACAAAAUUAUCCAAGACGUCCUCCUGUACCUAGACCCGUCCAACACACAACUCCACAUGCACCAACAACUGUCUUCCAAAAUAAUUACGCACAACAUUCAUUAAAUCGGGGUGGAAGUGAAGAAGAAGAACCAGAACCAAUUCAGGUAUUACAACCGCAAAGACCAAAUAGACCAAGUAUUCAGAAUUUUAAUAAUUAUGUGCCACAAGAAAUCACCAUACGUCAAAGACCGAAAAUUACUGUAAGUCCUACACCAGCUCCAAAUUUUCGUUUAAACAAUCCAUCUGUAAGUAUAACACCGAGACCAACUUAUCGCCCGGUUACUCAGUCACUUCAACCACAACCACCAGCAACAACUUAUCGACCAACUGUUAUUAAAGCAAGUGAGCAACCGGCAACCUUAACAUAUUCAAAAUCAACACCAAGACCAAUUGGUUUUUCACAAUCAACACCAAAUGCUAUACCAAGUGUUUCCAGACGACCAGUAGAUUUUAAUUCUGAACUACGUAAAUUUCAAGAAAAGCAUAAUGUACCAAUUACAACUUCAACCAUUCGAACAACAACACAAUAUCGACCAGAGUCUGUAAAACCAUUACAAAAUAUUCCAAGUCUUCCAGCUACCUCAACUCCACUUUAUGAAACUCAAUUAGUAUACAAUCCUGCUAGCGGACAAUAUGAUUCAUCAAUUUUCCAAACAAUUCCACACACUGAUAGUGAAUUUACGAUAAAUCAAAAAAUUCAACCAUUUGUUCAACAACCACAAUUAGUUAGCUUGAAUCAAUUACAACAAAUUAAUCCAAUUUAUAGAGCACAGCCUGCUCCAUUACCACAAUUUUCACAACAAAUUUAUGAAAAAGAAAGGGAAAAUCUUCAGGUUUUAAAUUCACAACAGUUAUUCCAGCAACAACAAGAACUACAGAAUCAACAAUUACAAAAAGAUAGAGUUGAAGCUGCAAGAAAAGCUGCCCAACAACAUAGAUUUAAAGCUGCACCAUCGCCAUUGCCACCACAACCACAACCGAUCCCAGAACAACAAGGCUUUUAUUAUUUACAACCAUCAGGACAACUGGAACCAUACUUAGGAGCUCAUAAUAUCAAUAUUUCCUAUUAAAUAAAAAAAAUUAAUACUCUAAUAAUGGGUUCAACUCUCAUUAUCCUGCCCCACAUACCAUAAAAUAUCUUAUAAUUGUAUUAUAUUAUAAAUUGAUUAUUUUUCUCUGUGUAGUUAUGUAAAGUCAAAAUGAAGUCAGUCUUAUUUUCUUUUUUUUUUUUAGUUUUUUUGUUUUUUAAUUAAUAUUUUUAUACACUGAUAGAAAAGUGUAAGUAUAAAGUAAGUUCUUUUUGCAGUGUUAGUGCAAAAAGUUUAUUACAAUUUAUUUAGGAUUUUCAAUUCGUUUUUAAUUUUUUAUUUAAUUUUUCUUUUUGUAAUUUUAUAAUUUUUAAUAUUUAGAUUAUAUUUUUUUUUUAAACGAAAAAGAAAUAAUAAAUAUUUUUGUAAUAAUUAUUUAGACUUAAAUUAUUUUAUAAGAAUUUUGUGAGUUAAAUUGUUAAAAAUA